GCUCACGUGACGGUGAGUUGAAGACCGCGGAGAGGGACGGAGGGACGGCGGGACGGCACUCUCCUCCUACCCUGACCGCGGAGAGGGACUGAGGGACGGCACUCUCCUCCUACCCUGAGGGACGGCACUCUCCUCCUACCCUGAGGGACGGUACUCUCCUCCUACCCUGACCGCGGAGAGGGACGGAGGGACGGCACUCUCCUCUUACCUUGAUCGCGGAGAGGGACGGAGGGACGGCACUCUCCUCCUAGCCCGAGGGACGGCACUCUCCUCCUAGCCCGAGGGACGGCACUCUCCUCCUAGCCCGAGGGAAGACACUCUCCUCCUAGCCCGAGGGAAGACACUCUCCUCCUACCCUGAGGGACGGCACUCUCCUCCUACCCUGAGGGACGGUACUCUCCUCCUACCCUGAGGGACGGUACUCUCCUCCUACCCUGAGGGACGGCACUCUCCUCCUACCCUGAGGGACGGUACUCUCCUCCUACCCUGACCGCGGAGAGGGACGGAGGGACGGCACUCUCCUCCUAGCCCGAGGGACGGCACUCUCCUCCUAGCCCGAGGGACGGCACUCUCCUCCUAGCCCGAGGGAAGACACUCUCCUUCUAGCCCGAGGGAAGACACUCUCCUCCUACCCCGAGGGACGGCACUCUCCUACCCUGACCGCAGAGGGUGCCGCCUGGGGAGCGGGUCCUGCUACACCGGGCAGCCUCUUACCCGGGGCGAUAACAACGUACGGUAUUAACUUUCGCCGCAAAGCGUGGUCACGUAGUUUGCUGCCAGAUUUUCCACAGGCUCAGAGAGCAGGGACCAGAACACCGCAUUUCUGAAGGAAGAACACAUCAUGCAGCCCAGACUGUUGCUGUUGAUAUCCUGCAUGGGGAUUCUUUUCCUCACAGUCAAACUGGAAGCCAGUCACAAGAAGACCAUCGUGGCCUUGAACUCCCGUCUCCUUAGAUCUACGGGUACAUUACCGGCCAAUCCCAGUAUCCACAUUGCCUUGCGACUGUCGGAGCACCAUAACCUCAAUGUUGAACGGAAGUACCUUCACCGGCUGAAGACUGAUCUCCGGAGGAAACUUUCCAGAUUACAGCCGGGUUCUGAGCCCUCCACAGGCCUCGUAGCUCUGUACCUGUUGGCGUUGCGUGCGUCCUGCCAGAGUAUGCAAGCACGGCAGCCAGCGCUGCUGUACCUGAAGAACAAACUUGAUGCUGAAGGAAACGACACCAAACAUCACCACGUGCCUCCGAGCAGCCACUACCAGUACAGUCUGGGAGUGCUGGCUCUGUGUGUGAACAACAUACGGGUACAUCACGUUGUCCUUUCUGGGUUGAUGCCACAUCAUCACCACCACCACCACCACCACCUCCAUCACUCAAUCGACACAUCAGCCAUGGUGGUGUUGGCACUGAAGUGUGUAUUGGAGUCGAAAGCGCCCAAUAGUAAUCACUGGAUGUACAGUCAGCACACAAGGCACAAGGUGCAGAAUGAAGUGAACGAGCUAAUGGAAAUGAUACGGAGAAAGCAAGAAAGCAGUGGAGCAAUCGGGAACACAUACAGCACAACGCUCGCUCUGCAGGCUCUCUUAGCCACUGGGCACGAGGAGCAAUGGUUAAAAGGAAGAAGUUAUCUACUGCAAAAAGCCAAACAAGGAGCCUUUCAAAAUCCAAUGGCCCUGUCUCAGCUGCUACCUGUUCUCUACCAGAAAACCUACCUAGAUAUUGGCCAAAUGGACUGCCACAACGAGACAGGGGGCCUGAGGUUGAAUGAUCCGGAACUGCAGACCACUACCGAUGAGGCUGAGCCGAGUCCACCUCCAGGAUUUGUCUAUCUCAGUGUGAAGGAUAAGAGCCUGGCGACUAUUUACAGGGCCAGGGUGCCACUGCACAGUGGGAUGUCCCUCCUUGAAGUCCUGCAUGAAGCUAAACGAAAUGACACCAACUUCAGUUUUGAGACCGUGCCGACCAUGUGGGGACCUUUCCUGACCUCAGUGAACCACAUAGCGGGACAGGACAGCACAAGGACCUACUGGCGUCUCCAUUCGGGAACACACACCCCACUGAUUCAAGGAAUCCAGGAUUAUCACCCCCAGCAGGGCGAACACAUCCUCCUGCAGCUCAGCAACUUCUAGCCAGCUCCCGAUGACUUGCGUCCUGCUCACCCACCCGCAGCUCCCGCUUUCCAAUCGGUCGAUGAUUAAUGAGUUAAUUCAGAGCCCUGAAAAGCAGGUUAAUCAUUAAGGGGCACACGCAGAACGUUGGAGGAAUUCAGCAGGUCAGGGAGCAUCUGUGGAAAGGAACAAACAAUAUGGAAUUCAUCAAUAAGGGAUUUUUAAAGCCAAAAACCUUCAUUCCUGGGCUGUCACAGCCUAACUAAAAGGCAAAUGGAUGAAAAGACAGAUACCUUAGUCUGCCAAUUUAUCGUUACCAGUAAAAUCCCAGACACCGAGUGCACUUGUAUUCCAUUUGCCCACUUCCUUUUCUUCGGCCAUUACUGAGCCAGUUAAUGUGUCUGGACCAGUCCGUGAUUCACCACCCCACAGUCUGUGCAAUGUCCACUCUGACUAAUCUUGCCACGCUUGAUUAUUCCCGCUGCUCCUUGGGAAUUUACUGGGAUGCGGCUCCCUUCGUCCUUUUGCACCGGUCUCCUUGCUAACCGGUGUGAUGUACAGGAGUGCCUGGUUACCGAUCCAGCAUAUGCCCCUUGGCCUUUAUCUCUGUGCCAGCUCUAACACUCCCUGUAACCUACUUCCAUUAACUCUCCCAUGAUUCUACCCUUCACCUACUCCCAGCGGGCCAAUCAUCAUGCAAAUGGGGAAGCCCACACAGCAACAGGGAGAAUUUGCAAACUGCACACAAACAGUGGCAGAGGUCGGGAUCGAACCUGGGUUGCUGAAGCCCAGAGGCAGCAGCUCUGCCUGCUGUGUCCUUGCUCCAGUCUGCGGACAGAACGAUCAAAUUUAUGACCAUUUCCUCACUAGGCCGGAAGGCCUCACUUCCACACGGCAUCCAUAUUUACAUAUUGAUUCUCCUUCAGUGAUUUUUCUUCAGUAACCUGCUUUUGGUUAAUAUUAACAAAUGUGUGAGUAAAAAGAUGAACUGUUGAACCAUGAGCAUUGUGCUGAAUAGCACACUGGCAAAGAAGGUGGGGAAAUUGAUUCAACUUGUGGCCUGAUACUUUUACUGUUAUUGAUAAAUUUUGUCAUUGAGUUUUUGUAAUAUUAAAUACUAAAGUGUCAUGAAUGACUCCCUUUUUUUUGCCGUGUUCCUGUGGCUAUGUCUCAGCUCUUAUUUCAGCUCCAUAACACAUUACAGGCCUUUGGCCCACGGUGUU